AUGUUUGGUAUCACACGUUGUUGGCUGAAUACGAUAGAGUGGCAAAAGCGAGGUUUGCCUCAUGCCCACAUUUUGGUUUGGCUUAAAGAUAGAAUCCGUCCUGAAGAAAUCGAUCAAAUAAUUUCAGCCGAAAUUCCAGACCCAUUAAUUGAUCAAGAAUUAUUUGAUAUUGUCACCAAACACAUGAUCCAUGGGCCAUGCGGUGCUUUCAACAUGACGUCACAGUGCAUGGAAAAUGGAAAAUGUAAAAAAAACUUCCCAAAGCCGCAUACGAAUGACACGAUCACGGAUAUUGAUGGUUAUCCAAUGUAUCGCCGCAGAAGUACUGAGAAUGGUGGCCACACAUUUACAAUGCGACUGCCGAACUUUCCAAAUCAAGUUGAGUUUGAUAAUCAGUGGGUGGUACCAUACUCACCACUACUUUCAAAAAUUUACAAAGCUCAUAUCAAUGUUGAGCUUUGCAGUUCUGUUAAAUCAAUUAAGUAUAUUUGUAAAUAUGUAAACAAAGGCAGUGAUUUGGCCAUAUUUGAAGCACAAAACAUAAAUAAAAAUGACGAAAUAGCACGAUACCAAAUGGGCAGAUACAUUAGCAGCAAUGAAGCUAUUUGGCAUAUUCUCAGCUUUCCCAUCCACGAAAGAGAUCCUGCUGUCCAACAUCUGGCAAUACAUCUUGAAAACGGUCAACGUGUAUACUUCACUGAAGAAAAUGUUCUCCAAAGAGCGUUCGAAGCUCCGAAAACGACUCUAACUGAAUUUUUUACACUGUAUCAAAAACCUGAUGUUUUUGGCCAAUUCGCGAAGACAUUGGUGUAUGGUGAUGUUCCACGUUAUUUCACAUGGAACAAAUCCAGUAAAAAAUGGGAGCCACGGAAACAUGGAAAACCACAUCCUUCCAUUACAGGCAUAUUCAAAGCUAAGAAAUUGGGGAGACUUUACACGGUACAUCCAAAGCAACGUGAGUGCUUCUAUUUACGUUUGUUAUUGGUGAAUGUUCCCGGACCAACGUCUUUUGAAUUUCUACGAACAGUUAAUGGUCGAGUAUUCAAUACAUACCAGGAUGCAUGUCGUGAACUGCAAUUGCUAGAAGACGAUAACCAUUGGGACUUAACGCUUGCUGAUGCUGCGUUGACAUCAACACCGAAUAACAUUCGUCAGUUGUUUGCAAUUAUUUUGACGACAUGUUAUCCCUCGCAAGCACAAACUUUGUGGGAAAAAUAUAAAAAUUGUAUGACAGAAGACAUCUUGCACCGAAUUAGACAAAUAAAUCAAUGCCAAAACAUAGAUUAUACACCAGAGAUGUACAAUGAAGCAUUGGUCUUGAUCGAGGAAUUAUGUGUUCUUAUUUCAAAUUUACCACUUAAUCAUUAUGGUAUGACAUCACCUAAUCGUCCAGCCACCGACAUAGUCAAUACCGAUUUACAACGAGAAAAUCAAUAUGACCAUGGAAGUUUAGCAACAAUUAUUAUGAACAGUGAACCAUUACUGACAGCAGAACAAAAAAUUAUUUAUGAUCGGAUUAUGCUGGCUGUUGCUGCUGAACAAGGCGGUUUUUUUUUCUUGGAUGCACCCGGUGGAACCGGUAAGACAUUUUUAAUAUCGUUGAUUCUUGCCAAAAUAUGGUCGCAACAAAAAAUCGCAUUAGCAGUAGCAUCGUCAGGCAUUGCCACACUUUUUCAAUAA